AUGGAUAGACAUAAAAAGUUAAAAUUAAGAGGAGAGCUGUAGAAAGUGGGUAAACACGUGAUGAUGAAAGCAACCCUUCUUAUCACAUCUUACGUUAUUUUGUUUGGUACUUCAACUACUAGUCGUCAUUACCCAGAAAACAAAAUAAAAACAGCGAUCUGCGUUUUCUUGAAUCACAACAAACAAACAAAACAAAAAGGAAGAGAAAAUGUUACAGCUGUUUUUCACGAUAGCCUUCUCGGCGGCGCCGUUAACGCUGUAUAUACCGCCGAUAAGAUGUUUGACGGUGUUCGUUGAGACGAUGGAGGAGAUGGGAAUGGAAGGUAGGGUUUAUAGCCGGAGAGUCUUCCCUCGUGCAAGAAUUGCUUGGUCUAGGCUUCUUGAUUGCUUACUCUCCUCUUCUCCUCGCCGUCCUUGAUUUAAUUGUUCCUCCUCGUCUCUUUCUUUGUACAUAUAUAUUAUUUAUAUCUAUGUCAUAUUUCCUGAUGUUUUCGAUUUUGAGAUAAUUCAAGAUGAUGAUAGAGUUUUUUA